GUGUUUAUUUUGUGUCGAAAAAAAGCAUUGCUUAAUUUUCUUUAUAUAAAAUCGCGACGAAUAUAAAAUUUAUGUAAUAAUAGUAAAAUGAAAUAAAACCAGUUAUUGGCGCUAUUCGUGCACUAAAGGUAGGUCAGUAGAGCAUUAACUAAUAUAGUACUCCUCAUAGUAAGAACACAAACAAAUAAAAGUUAUGUAACGUAUGCUAUAUGGACCAGAAUCAAGAGUGAAAGUGUUUGUGGCGGUAUUGAGGAAUAACCACCGUUGGAACCCUGUAAUACGAAUUUGUACAUUUUAAAAUGUGGCUUCUGAUAGUGUUGAUCACCUGUUACUUUCGGUCGGGAUAUUCUUACAUAGACAAGCAGCCCGAUUUCGUCGAAACGUGCCACAUAAAAGAAAAAAAUUUUGAAGCUUGCUCAACUAAGGCGGUACAAAGAUUAUUCAAUAAAUUACCGGAGGGUAUACCCAGCAUUGGAUUGCAACCCCUCGACCCGCUGAAGGUAUCGGUGAUAAAAAUUUUACAAGGAGCUGGACCGGUCAAUGUUAAUGCAUCUUUAACAAACGUAACCGUGCGAGGUUUUGGACACACCCAUAUAGUGUCAAAUUUAGUGGACCCCAAGGACUAUGAUUUCUAUACGAAGUUACACUUACCAAAGUUACGAAUCGACGGCAAUUACGUUCUUUUGGGACGAAUCCUUGUUAUACCGCUUCAAGGGAGAGGAAAAUGUUGGUUUGAAGCAAAGGACUUGGAUAUCCACGUAAAAAGUGACGUCGAUCUUUAUAAGAAAGAUGGAUUGAAUUUUUACAACCUGACUGGGGUCCACAUAAAGUAUAAACUUGGUGGCUUGAAGAUGUACAUGGGGAACUUGUUCGAUGGCAUUAAAUCUUUAGAAGAGUCGACAAACGCCUAUUUAAAUACAAAUUGGAAUCUAGUAUCCGAUUCUUUAUAUCCAAUUUUGGUAAAAACGAUUGAAGAUAUCAUGUUGGACAUCUUACAGCGAGUAUUCAACAACAUUCCUGCCACAUUCUUUGUACCUGAUUUUGAUUAGAAAUGUUUCAAAUUUGUAUUUGUUUAUGCUUCAG